AUGCUACGAUCUGCAUUGCUGAUUCUGCUUGCUACAUGUUUGGCGUCGCUAACUGUUCAUGAUGCAAACCAGGCAACGCUGAGCAAUCGAUGCGUUUGUUCCAAUGAAUCGUCUUUCAUAGCCGUUGACUGCAGAUCUCAAAGUUUAAGGCUUCUACCACCGAGACCUUGCUCUUCUUCAAUGGAUCCAUUAACUGUCACUAGUGUUGACUUCAGUAUUAAUCAGAUCAAGACAGUCUCGUUUAACUACUUCAAGCCUUACGAAACCCUAAGGAGCUUAGUAUUUGAAGGCAAUCCUUUGUCAACCUUGUUUUUCUUACCAUCUUCUCUGAUUACCGUGGUAAUUACUACAACUGCGCCGAUAUUCGCUAAAACACCCAAACUAUCAAGAUUUUUCAACGGCACUUUACGUCAAGUGAACAAGAUGUAA